CAAUCUGCAAUCGCUCUCUGCCAGCAUGGUCGCGCCCAACCCAACGCUGGCGAAGGCGAGCGACGAAGCUGUCGAGCUGCGCUCGCACCGCUUCACGAUCUACAAGUACGAGUGCUUUUUCCAGUGCUUCCGCCUUCCGGCGGCGCCGGCGCCGGCCUCAGGCGUCCUCUUUGCGUUCUACUCGCUUGGGCUCGUCGUCUGCUUUGGCCUUUACGCGUACCUGCUCGAGCGCCUUACGAUUGACGGCAAGGGCCCGAACGAGUUUGUGCUCAUGUUUGUCUCGUGCAUCAUCUACGCCUGCAUCUCGUACGCCGGCCGCGUCCUCGGCCGCGAGCGCAUCGACACGGCGCCAUGGCACGUGUUCCUCCUCCUCUCGUUCACGACGUUUUGCUCCUCGUACCUCUCGGUGCUCGCGCUCCGGUACGUGUCGUACAUCUUUCGCGUGCUCGGGAAGACGUGCAAGCCGAUCCCGAUCAUGGCCAUCGGCCUCCUCCUCGGCAAGUCGUACCCGCGGCGCAAGUACGCGAGCGUCAUGCUUGUGACGCUGGGCGCCGUCGUCUUCUUUGCCUUUAUGCAGCGCCGCCAUGCGGAAUCGCCGGCGACCGACGCGGCGCUCGGUGCGCUCCUCGUGCUCAUCUCGCUUGGCUUUGACGGCGCGACCGGCGCCCUCGAAGAAAAGUUUAUGACGCAGUACCAGAUGGGUCCGUUUACGAUGAUGCACAAGAUCAACUGCUUCUCCGUGCUCCUCGCGGCUGUCUUCUUCAGCGUCUCGGCCACGACCGAGACAUGGCGCGACCUCCCGCGUCACACAAAGCUGCUCCCGGACCUGCUCGUGCUCGGCGUCACGGGUGGGAUUGGCCAAAUGUUUAUCUUCCUCAUGAUCUCCCAUUUUGGCGCGCUCAUGACGAGUAUGGUCGGGACGGCCCGGAAGAUCCUCACGAUGGCUGUGAGCAUCUGGGUGUUUGGCCACGUUCUCGCGCCGCUCCAGUACGUCGGGCUCGUCAUUGCAGUCGUUGGCAUGCUUGCCAACUUGUACCGAGGACCGACGGCCCCCGCGAAGGAAGAUGCGACGAGCGAAGCAUCACGUCACUCGCGAACGGUCGCGGUCGAAGACGACGAGGACGAAGCCGACCGACUCCUGCAAGAAGAGCACGACGACGAGAAGCUCGAGCUCAUGAACGUCCACGCGCCGACGAGCCACGUGUUUGGGACCGUCAACGACAGCCUCGCGCCCAAGCCCGAGGCGCCGUACGGCAUGGCCAUCGACAUUGCCUUUCGCGCCACCACGGCCGUGUAGUUCCGUGUCGCCUUGUUGGUCCAGUGUCGUCGUUGUCGUCGUAGGUGCAGGAGAUAUUGUGCAUAUUCAUACUAUAUAUAUUAUCUCAUUCCUUAUUUCC